CUCUAAUCGGCGCACAGCAUACUGUCACUUUAACGUUGUGAGGACUACAGCCACGAUGGGAGUUUUGAUACUCAAUUCAGACAAGUUUUUAGAGCUCUCAUCACCGGAAACUUAUCUGUAAAGGACGAAAGCAGUCGGUGCGGCGCGCUCACGGCUCGAUCUCGCAUGAUUUACAUGCAGGAUGUCAGUGUUGCUGAAAAGCCGGUAAGAUAGUGCAAAGUGAGUUGCUUACGAGAGCUGCUUAUUCAGCAUCACACAAAGGGAUCUACUGAGUUCAAUGGUCUACUGUCAUUGGGUUUGAAUGUCAUAGAAACAACUUGUACUUUUCAAACGAAAUGGAUCACUUCGCAGCAGAGUGCCUUGUGUCAAUGUCCAGCCAAGCAAUUGUCCACGGUCCAAAAGGGAAUAGAGAGAUCAAGCCCGAAACUGCGGCUGCACAGAGGAAUGGAGAAGAAACCAAGGAGCCUUUGAAAGACAACUCAUCUCUGUUUGUGGUGGCGAGAAUUUUGGCGGAUUUUAAUCAACAGACCCCCACCAAUUUUGCCGAGCAGGCAAAAAUAAAGGAGGAGAGCACGCCACCAACAGCAACCCUAACCAGAGAUGAUGGGAACUCUGCCACACCUACCACCAUCACCGGCGACUCUGCUGUUAAACAAAGAAGCAAACGAUUUAGGGGUCGAAUUGAACAAGAACCCCCACAGAAAAAGCACAAAUGCCACUAUUCAGGUUGUGAAAAAGUUUAUGGCAAAUCGUCCCAUCUCAAAGCCCACCUAAGGACACAUACAGGAGAGCGCCCCUUUCCCUGCACCUGGCCUGACUGCAGUAAGAAGUUUGCUCGCUCUGAUGAGCUGGCACGGCACUAUCGCACCCACACGGGCGAGAAGAAGUUCGGCUGCCCCCUAUGCGACAAGCGAUUCAUGCGGAGCGACCACCUGAUGAAACACGCACGCCGCCACUCCGACUUCCAGCCGGCCAUGCUGAAGAGGCAGCACGGCGGUGGCAAUGCCACCGUCUCGAGCAGCACGCGUCCCGGCUCCCUCAGUGAUUACAGUCGAUCCGACGCCUCAAGCCCCACCCUUAGCCCCGCCCUCAGCCCAGCCAACUCGCCUUAACCUGGCCGCACUUUCUUCCCACAGUGCCUGGGUAUCCAGGCUCAUUUUUUAAAAAAUCUUCUCUAUCCAUUUUUUUCCCUAAAAAAUUACCGGCGUAAUAAGCGCCCGUGCUAAACCCCAUCGCUUGCUGUGGUGUACUGUACUGUACAUAACUGCUUCUCGUAGUGCAAUUUUCUUGUGCAACCCCUAAAAGAAAAAAAACACAAAAAAGAAAAUGCUUUUUCCACAUGGCAAUAUUUACAUGAUGUACCAUAUGUCUGUAUUUUUAUAGCUUCUGGCCACAGCCUCUUUCCAUUAUGGUUUUUUGUUGCUUUUUCUUUCAUAUACAACCGCUGUUCAAGUGAACUAAAAAGUUGAAAGGUUUGACAGGUAAAGAUGUUUCUUUUCUUUUUUUUUUUUUUUUAUUUAAAACGGGUGAGGGAGAGGGGCACACAUACACCUCAGGAUUCAGAACAGUUUUUUUCUCCUUUAAUACUCACAUUGACUGCACAAUACAAGCAUCACUUUACUCCGAAAUUCAACAGAGGUUGAAUUUUGCGCCCUGCUCAGGGAUGGCCUCGUUAGCUUGAAAGAAUGAACAUGAUGAAGAUAAACAUACGUUAAGAAACAGCCUUACACUUGGACAAAAGAAAACUUUGCACUCUUUUUUUGAGUUGUUUGGUUGGUUGGUUGGUUUUCACAUCAGGGGAAGCAAAUUCUGGGUUUUAACAGUCAUUCAUACUCUUUAUUAAUAUUGUUGUUGUAAAUCAGUCUUUUAAUGAGAGUGGCAGAACCACUCACCAGAUACGAAGGGUUAGGGGGGUAAUUCUGUCUUGAGACUGGAAAUGACUUUAUUUUCAACGUCGCUAUCUCCCGCUAACCCUGUAGACACACAGAGCUGUGUUGGCCUGGGUCCAUGUUUCAAAGGGAAUCCUCUCAAUAUAGCUUGAAUGUCAUUAUCAGUCCACUUUUACAUGCUUGAACCGCCCAGUGAGGAGAACCGACAGCACCACUUCUCUUGGUGGACUAAACUAAACUCCCCUUGAAAAGUUUCAAAGCAGCUGUUUCCUCAAUAAAAACAGCACAUUCAUCAACUUCAGGGGUUUUCACUACAGUACGACACAUUCAAAGGGACUCGUCUGGACGAACGCCUACUUCAGACUCAAAUAAAGACAAAAAGCACAUGAACAGAAUCCACCAAAGACCAAGGUGUGAACGAGAGAACAGAGAGGAUUUUUUUUUAUUCUACCCAGAGGAAGAAGGGAGGGAGGGAGGGAGGGAUGUUGGCAUUCUCUCAGGUAACAGCAGAAGUCCUGGCCCUCUGCCCUCCGCAGAGCUCCAUCUGCAGAGGCCUUCCACUUAGGAAACUGCAUCAUCCUACACAGGGCUAUUCAUAGCACACUAGCCAGGGAGACCAGAGCCAUUACAGUGGAGCUUUACGCACUCUGUCUCGCUCACUCUAUCUGACAAGAAGGAGUGGGCGUAUGAGAGAGAUAGAUAGGGAGCCAAAGCAAAAGUUUAAAAGAAAGAGAUAUCAAAUCCAACACACCAGGUGCCAUGCAACACAUAGUGAAGUGACGAUAUUGGAUUCGCAUUGAAGCUUAAUAUAUGGCUAUGUGAAUCUGGAAUUUGGACCAGUGAGAUAAAAACAAACAAAAAUCAAAACCAUGUGGUUAACAAUAUGUCUUCUCAGUUUUCAGUUUCAGUAAUACCGAUAUUUAACAAUAUUUUAACACAUUUUUGUUGAAUAAUUAGUCUGAAUUAUCGGUUAUUGGCCGAAAACAAACAAAAAUCGAAACCAUGUGGUAAACAAAAUGUCUUGUCUGAUAUCAACUGUCAUUGCACCUGGUGAAGAUUAGUGGUUGGCCGAUAUGCGUUUUUUAGUGACUGGUGUAAUACCGAUAUUUAACAAUAUUUUAACACAUUUUGGUUGAAUAAUUAGUUUGAUUUAUCGGUUAUUGGCCGAAAACAAACAAAAAUCAAAAACGUGGUAAACAAAAUGUCUUGUCAGAUAUCUGUUGUCAUUGCACCUGGUAAAAACUAGUGGUUGACUGAUAUAUGCUUCUCAGUGACUGGUGUAAUACCAAUAUUUAACAAUAUUUUAACACAUUUUGGUUGAAUAAUUAGUUUGAUUUAUCGGUUAUUGGCCGAAAACAAACAAAAAUCAAAACCAUGUGGUUAACAAAAUGUCUUGUCAGAAUUUAUUUGUCAUUGCACCUGGUGAAGACCAGUGGUUAGCCGAUAUGCAUGUCUUAGUGACUGGUUUAAUACAGAUUUUUACAAAUUUACUGACAGAAUUUUUAAAAAAUGUUUACAGCUAUUUUCUAAAUUUUAACUAUUUUAAUUUUGGUUGAAUAAAUAGCCUGAUAUGUCAGUUAUGGGACCUUGCAAUCUUAAAAUGGAAGAAUAUAUAUACAUGAAUAAUCGGCCUGGGCUGCAUUUUCCAAAAACUUAAGAGAUCUUUGGUGCUUACGAUCCUUUUCGUAAACGUAGCCUUGGACAAAAUAUCGGUCAGUAAGAUAUGUUAUUGGCUAAUACCGAUAAUCACAAAAUUACCGGGCCUGGCUAAUCUGACACUGUUAUUAGCCAAUACAGUUUUCCUUGAAAUGGACAGAUAUCAGAUAAUGCCGAUAUAUCGGUUGACCACUAGUCAAGACACAGAUUUACAACUCAUUGUGAAUAGACUGAAUAGUUUGUAUCAUCAGGACUGUUUCACUUUGUGGUGAGGAGAGCAACAGGCCUCCACUAGAACAAAGAGCACUAUCUACAGGAGGCAGGAAAGAGGGGGUUGACCCAUAGCGAGACAGAUAAAGACUGAGGCUUUAUCAGGAGCUGAGCACUCCAGCAGAAGAAACACCCAGUCAGCUCCCUCUCUCUCUCUCUCUCUCUCUUUCUCACGGAAACCUCCCUCCCCUCUGCACUACUCCCCACUCGCCCGCCAACAGCAUCCCACAAUGCUUUGCAGGAGCUUAAAGAGGGAAAAUGGCCUCGUCUGAUUGGAUAACAUCCAAGCAGCCGGCCGGGGUUGGGGGGGGUGGUUGUAAUAGAGGAAGUUGAGGCCCAAAUCAUAACGGCUCACAGACAAUAGGCACGAUAUGCUAUCAAAUCAAAGUUGAGCAUGAUGGGAAUUUUUUCAAAUGAGAUGCUAUCAGUAUUUCUUCCCCAGUUAGGCACUGUCAACUACUUCUCAGACAAGAUCAGUCACUCUUUCUUUAAACGACUGUAGUUUUUAACGCAAGCACAGGGAAACUCACACAUCCUUUUUUGUUUUACUGUUUCAGACCACUGAUUUGUCAGCGCGACCACUCAUUACCUCAACGAACAGCUGCUUUCAAACUUGACUCUUGUUAAAAAGGGGGCUACUCGAUUUGUACAUAAUCAUACAUAUCAAGUGAACAAUGAAUCCGCCGUCCUUUGUCGCCUCAGCCUGCGAGGAUGACCGUGAGAAACUGUCGACCGGGUCUUACUCGCUCAGGCGAAAGGCAUACAAGACCCUCCAGGAACUGAGGCACCGCUAUCAAAACUACUGUGGCACUGCCUCACUGUCUCGCUUUUCCAAGUGACACUUUAAUAUUCAUUUAACAAGCUUUCUGUGACAGUUUUUCACUUUAUAUUCAUAAGCUCAUUCAACACCAGCCAUCUUGUCUCGUCUCAUAUUAUCUUGCACGUUUUCCAUGCCCAGCGCGGGGAAACCAGCAUCAGAGUUGCCCAGCUGGACGAGCGCUCCAGGGCUUGAGGAGCAGGUGGGGAGGCCUGUGAAUGCCAGGCCUUGUCCCCCCUUUAUACUUCCUAACAGCCCCCCAUCCCCCUUCCAGGGGCCUCUCUCAUAGCCCUCAAAAAAAAAAAAAACUCCACAUAAUCACGGCUUUCAGCUAAAGAAAACAGCUCUAAUCAAAAUAAACAGUGCCACGGCGGCAUUAUAUCUGCAAUAAACCCAUGUAAAGCCACUCCCCUGGCCCUUCAGAGUCAUUUAAGACGCAACGUCAACCACUGUGACGUCGCCGACUUUAGAUUUCUCCUCCAGAAUUUCGCUCGUCAGCUUUACUUCCAAAGCUGGCCUUGUAUGCUCACUGUGUGCAACAAAUUCAUUUGUAGAUGUUGUAUGUAGUUUCUAUUCAACUGCCUUUGAAUGUAUCUGGAAAUACUCGCAACUGCUGGUCAGGAGAGGGUAUUUCAGAGCAGAACAAAGUCGGUCUGAACCAACCUCCUUUUCAUUAGUUCUUCUCAAACAUGGUAAAACAUUCAGUGAACCUCGAAAACCCAAACCAUUUGGGUACUGGUUAGAUAGAGUAUACACAACAAAAUAUCUAUUUUUUCCUUAUAUUUACUGAAAAUGUAUUUUCUCACUCACAGCCCAGGUUAGUGUGAAUUACGUGUACAAACGAAUACAUGCGUGCUUAUGUUUCUGUAUUUUUCACUGUACCAAUACUACUUGAAUGCGAAGCAAGACCAUUGAACACAGGUGGAAACAUGUCUAGGUCAUGACAAGUCAAACUGUACCUGCUACGUUUCUCAGCUUACAACCCAUGGAUGUACUCAUUUGUUCAAUAUUUCUGCAUUGUGUUGUAUUUUCCUGAUUAUUUUCUUUGUGUUCAGAUCUUAGCUGUUAUUAUUAUUAUUAUUAUUAUUAUUAUUGGUAUUUCUUACGAAGUUUGUUGUUAGUGUUUCAUAAGGCUUUCUUUUCUGUCUGCUGAAGCGAUGCUAGUAAAAUCGGACACUGAAAGACACUGAAAGUUCAGUAGCGGGAUAUUGGUGUAUAACCACCAAAUAACUGAGAAAAAGGGAAAUGUCCUGACUUCUCAAAAGCAUUGCGUGAGACUGAAUGCGAUACUGAGAUCAAGUUCGAUAUCGCAUUACCAUAGAGACCACAGCAUUGUGAGUAGAUAGUCACAUUCAUGUUUUAUUUUAUUUAACAUUAGAAUUCCAUCUAUGUGUUAAUAUUUUCUGUCAUGUAUCUUUUCAGACUCAUACCUCUAUGAAAUCGAGAAGGUUAUGAUUUGUUUUUGUUUUCUGGUGGGGUUGGGGAUUUGUUGGAUUUCAUAUCUGAAAGAAUUGUAAAUUUAAAAACAAUAUUUUUCAAUGAAUCAUCAUGGUCUUACGAGCCACAGAGCAUCAUAUUGAGUGGAUUGCAUAAACCCCUCAUUCAACGAGAAACAAUUUGUUUUGUACAAAGCUAUUUGUUCGCAAAAUCCAACUAAAUUGAUUGAAUCCUUCAAUCCUACAUUCAACAAACUGCAUGCUAGUCCAAUAAUAAGUGCCAAAGGCAUUGGAAAGGUGAUUUUAUUUCAUCAUAUACAAUGAUAGUCAAGAUAAAUAUGACCUUGUACAGUUUUCUAUGAGUGAUGUAUGUUUUUAUGUGUAUGUAGCGGGGUGAAUGAUGUAUUAGAUGCGUGAGUAUUUCUAAUUUCCCCCCUUUGGUGUACUUUUUUUUGUUUCUUUUCGUUGUUUUUCUUCAUUUGUCAUUGUUGUACAGAACAAAUGCACAUAUUAGUACAAGUGAAAACUCAGAUAUUAACCUGUUCACCAUCCUACGUGAAAGCUCGACCAUUCCAAAGGAUUGCAAAAUUACAUUUGCUAUAAAUAUGCUGCUUAUAUCCAACCAAUGCAUCAAAGCUUCUUUUCUUUAUGUAUUUAUUUUGCUCUUAUUACUCUUUUUGACUGUGAUAUAUGUAUUACAUGACUUUUGUUACUAGCUCAAUUUGGUACUUAACUUUUCCCCCUCUUUGCUGUCGCUUGUAAACUCCAACAUACUCUACUUUCCUAAAGAAACAGCCAUGCCACCUUCGGAAAUGUUAAGCAACCCUUUCGGAAUAGAGAAAAGACAAGAUGGCUUCCAUACAAAUGUGCAGUUAUCAGUUCCAUUAUUGUCUUCCCAUGCAAAAUAAGGUCAGUUUGAAUAACUGAUUGAGGAUGACGUUUUAGAUGGAUGUUAUUGCCAAGGACGCUGUAGUGCCACGACUUUCUCACUUUUGGCAUUCGGAGAAUUGAGUUCUUGUUUUAAAGACGUUACCAAAGGCUUCAGGAUCAAAUUAAUGAAUGUUCACGUCGCAUAGUUGGAUCAUUUGAAGUGUUUUAUUAAAGAGAAUAUUGCACCCUAAACUCAUUUCAAUGAAAACAAUCAAAGAAGGCUGACACUUUUCAACAUGGAUAUGCAAAAUCGACACGUUUGAUUUGAUUUACCUUAUUUUGAUUUAAUAUACUCCAAGAAAUACAUAUCUGUGAAGAUGUCCACAUCCAAUACAUUGCCUUUAUAGUCUAACCAGUUAAAGGUGGACGUUUCGGUGUGAAGAUCACUUACUGGUGAAAAUUACACUGUGUUUUUUGCAGUUAGAUGUUUCUCCAAAGAACCCAUGGAUGUGUAAAUGCCAUACAAGUGAUUGUCUAUCCAGGUAAACAAAGCGAAACGCUUCAGGAGUCGCUAGACAACGAUGUCAUGCGCUAAUAAUGCGAACAAACAUCAUUAAGUUGAGGUCUGAGUAAUGGCAGCCUCUUAUUUGAAAUGGUGGAAGUGGAUUUAAGUUUUAGCCGUGGCUUAGUUUUGACUGUUGUUUAUGUUUCGUCUCUUGCUUGACUCAGGAGACACUAACUGCUUUUUGAGGGCUGUGGUCAUUUCUGUUAGUCUGGUCGUCUGCCAAACCGCACGGUUGGGUUUGAACAAUGUCGCUCCUGUAAAACGUUUCGUCUUUGAUCCCUGGGUGUCCUAGAAUCACCAAAAUUCAUUUCAAAUUAAUACACCGACAUUUCCCGUAAAAUUAAACCCAGUAAACGCGACACUGUGAAAGAGCCAGUUGAAAGACUGAACGCAUCCUCGUCCGUUGCCGUUUCCGUGCGACUUUUCUCUUUGACGCUUGCGAAAUCAGUUCGGGUGGUCGACGUUCCUAUUUUGGGAACGAAGUGAUUUCAAAUUCCUCCUCCUUCAUACAUACCAGUCAAGCACAUCAUGUGCAAAAACGCUCUCCUAUUGUAGAGGUUUCGAUAAGUGUUGUAUAUUAAAUCGUAGUGGGGCACUAGCGGCCUCAUGCUGUCCUGUAGACGUUCGCCGCGUGAACUCGACUUGCCUUCCUAUUGUACGUAUUCGUCUGUAUUUUAACAAUCUAUUUUAACGACACCGUGUGAUGCCUGCUCCAGUGACUACAUGACGCUGGGUUUCUUUCCCAGCACCUCUGUACUUCUUUGUACAAUAGCUCUUCUCUAGCAAUGGCCAGUUCUGUUCUCCAUAACCUCAUUCAAAACAACUGCCGCAUAAUAAUUCGUCUAUCAUUCGUCCAUUCGGUUUUUUUUUAUUUAAUAUUGAAGGAAGAAACAUGAGAAAUCGUCUCGUUUUUUCAUUUUUUAUUCCAGAAAACGAAAAAUAAUUUUUUUUUUGUUUUUCGUUCAGGGGUGGAAAAAUGAAUAAACAGCUCAAAUAAGCGAUUUCUGCACAAGGGAUUGGUCAGCUGAAGAUCAAACCAUGACCGUGUAAGGGCAUGGUUUGAUCUUCGGCUGACCAAUCAGCAGAAAGGGGUGUUUCGUUCCGCCCACCUGUAGAAAUCGAAUAUUCAAGCUGUUUAUUUAUUUUUCCACCCAUGAACGAAAAACAAAAAAAUCAAGCUGAAUUCUUGUUUUUCAUUUUUCUGGAAAAAUAUAUAUAUUUAAUAAAAAAAAAAAAAACGAAAAAGGAGCCGUUUUCUCAUGUUUCUUCUUUCAGUGUUAAAUCAAAAAACGAAUGGACGAAUGAUAUCACGGAAUCAUAAUGAAACUUUUUUACUAUUAUUAUUUUGAUUUUUGUUUUCAGUUUUUAUUUGCAAUCAACCAAAUCACUACAGUGAAGUAUUACAGUUGUACAGUUCCUUGAAUUAUUCAGAUGAUAUUAUUGUUGCUGGUCUAUGGUUGCUCUGCUGUACCUUUUUAUGACCUUUUAUUUUUUACAUGUUAGACAAUAUUGUGACUAUGUCCUAUGCAAAUAUGAGAAUUAACAAGAAUUUGUCAAAUAAUGUAUGUUGUCUUAACUUGUAUGCAUGAAAUAGUGAAGUUUACAUUUGAGAAUAAAUUCAUAAAUAAGAAGCAGUA